UUUUUUAUAAUUUUUAUAUUAACACAAAUUAUUAAAUUAUUCUCAAAUCAUUCAUUUUUAAAAAAAAAAAAGCAUGUGGAAAAUAACCCAACACCUGCGACUCGCGCAACCUGCUCUAACAAAAUACACACGCACACACUUAUUCUGCAACUCCCAAUACCUUGAGCUUCAUAGACAACAGGCGCAAGACGAUAUUGCUGAAGAACUCGCUCAACAUCAGCGUCAAUCUGAUCUGGCACCGGAAAUUGAACGACUUGAUCCACAUACCGUCCCAGGGCUCUACCCGGAAUUCGACACCUUGAAUGAAAAUCAUGAAGAAGAGGGAGUAGAAGUAGAGGGUGAUGAUUCGUGGUAUGUUGAUACGACUUUUGCCGAGCCCCUAUGGAAACGACGCGCCGCUAGUCAUCUGGGAAGACCCCAAGUGAACGUGGAUGAUUUCGCCCAAGGUAGUUUAUUCGAGCUUUGUCGGGCAGUUUUGGAAAUGGAUACGGAAAAUGUAGUUGUUAUGGAUGUUUCCGACAGAUGUGAGUGGACUGCACGGAUGGUUAUUGCGGAGGCGAAGAGCACUAGGCAUAUGCGGGCUAUGUCUGAGUCUAUGCUAAGGGCUAUUAAGGAUAGGAGUCGUGCUAAGGGUAUGCAGGUGCCAGCUAUGAUUAAUGUGGAUGGGAGGGAGAGUGAGGAUUGGAUGGUUGUGGAUUUGGGAUCGUUUGUGGUUCAUCUGAUGACAGCUGAGGCAAGGAAAACUUAUAACUUGGAGAAACUGUGGGCUACGCCAUUGGCUGAACUUGAAACCGAGUUUGAUGCUGAGGAUAUGGAGGUGAUUGAAGAUGCGGAUGAACCUGUUGGUUCUGAGCAAAAAACAAAAUAGUUAGAUUUUUCACCUUUGGUGUGUAUAGAAUACAAACGGCAUUAAUUAAUUGCAAUACAAUAUUA